CCGCGGAAAGACACGUCUGCUUUUGUCAGUUAUCCCCAGGCAGUCGAGCGUCUCGAGUCCACCGAAGAUCGACAUAGACGGAGCUCCAUUACAAUACAGUAGUGUAGGCAGGCAGUCAGUCAGCGAGACAGACGCUUCGGUUGCUCGGCUAGCCAGCCCAGCCGCCUGAAUGUAGAUCCGCAUGGGCUACUACUACGACCGCACUCUCUCUCUCUCUCCAAAUAACCCAGCGGAGUCGUAAGCUAAGGAUCCCAGGAUGGUGUUAGUGCAUGUCGGAUACCUGGUUCUCCCCGUAUUCGGCUCAGUAAGAAACAGAGGAUCCCAUUUCACUCGGCAACAGCAGCAGCAGCACAGCCAUGCUACCUCUUGCCGGCACUUCCAGCUAGGCCCCCAGGCCCCGCUGCCCAUGGACUUCCCCAUGCCCCACCCGGGCCAGCCGCAGUCGGGCAUCAACCCCCACCUGGCCCCGCCCGGCCACCAGCACGGACCCCCGCUACACCACCCAUCCCUCAACCCCAUGCCCGCCCCCCAGUUCCAGGACAUCCCCGCCCCUCCCUUCCUACCUCAGGCAUUACACCAGCAAUACCUCCUCCAGCAGCAGAUCCUCGAGGCCCAGCACCGACACAUCCUGCCGCCCAACAGACGCACAUCAGAGAGGGUCCCUCACCAGCCCCACAGACUGCGUCCAGGCUAUGAGUUUGCGCCGCCUCUGCACGUCCCACCACAGCCGGUGGUGCAGCAGCCUCGCUACUUGGCUGAGGGAACAGACUGGGAUCUAAGUGUGGACGCAGGACUCCCGCCACACCAGUACCACAUCCACCCACUGCCGCAGCACUAUCAGCACUACCUGACCUCUCCCAGGAUGCACCACUUCCCCAGGAACAAUGCCUCAACGCAAGUGGUCGUUCACGAGAUCCGCAACUACCCGUACCCUCAGCUGCACCUGCUGGCGCUGCAGAGUCUCAACCCCUCACGCCACGCGUCUGCCGUCAGGGAGAGCUACGAGGAACUUUUGCAGCUGGAGGAUCGACUUGGCAACGUGAACCGUGGCGCCGUCCAGACCACCAUCGAGAGAUUCACUUUCCCCCACAAGUACAAGAAGAGAUUCCCGCAGGACCUGAAGAUGUGUCUGGACGACGAGGAGUUGGACACCGAUGAGAAGUGCACCAUCUGUUUGUCCAUGCUGGAGGACGGAGAGGAUGUCAGGAGAUUACCCUGCAUGCACCUGUUCCACCAAGGGUGCGUGGACCAGUGGCUGGCAACCAGCCGGAAGUGCCCCAUCUGCAGAGUGGACAUUGAAACCCAGCUCAACCCCGACAGUUGAUGGCGGUUCCCGCCACCUGCAGUCUCACAUCCCACAAUCCUCCACUCGCUCCCCUUCAGGGGGAUUUGACUGGGGGGGCCUCCUCGCUCCCCCUCUUUUGGGGGGUGGCAGGGUAGGAUAAAAAAAAGCACACACACAGACACAUGCAGAACACAAGCAGGGAUGUGGUGGACACAUUUUUGAAGACUGGGCUGACUAAGUGGAUGUACUAGAAAAUGGCAAGAACGGCCAUAGAUAGAUGUGCUGAGUCAUGCUGUGUGAACCCCCCAGCCCCUUACACACACACACACACACACACACACACACACACACACACACACACACACACACACACACACAAGCACAUCUGUAUAGAACAUUACACAAAAGCAUGAUUGGUAUGUAGCCCAAUGCUUGUGGUGUGCUAUAGUACUGAUUGAGUAUUUACCGAGUAACAGUGUUGUGUAGCAACUUGAGAGUUUGUGUGACAGAUAACCCACCUUUAGAAAACCAGGCAGGGGGGGAGGGCUCAUAGCGUGCGUUGUAUGUACAAAGGCCAAAAAUUGUGGACAACCCCCGCCCCCUUCUAUGUUAUGCUUCUUAUGGAUUUACAGUGAGCCCCCGUUUAUCGCAGGGGAUAUGUUUCAGAUCCACCCCUGAUAGGUGCAAAUCCGUCAUAUAGAGAGACCAUAGAAAAAAUACUUUUUAUAUAGUUUUACCCCUGUUACAUUUCAACUUAUUACAACACACUUUUAAAAAAAUUCCUUGGCACCUGUUCUCACGCUCUCGCCGUUCAGAAAAGGGAGACUAUCGUAUAACGUUACUUUGAGGAAAUGAAAAGAAGACUCGCUCGCACAGUUCUCCAAAUCAGAGGGCCAGCGUGCUUGCUUCAAGCUUCAUUUGGAACUCCCAGUUGAACUUUGCUGUAAAACAGACACAUUAAACUGAAAAAUGAGAAUUAAAAAUUCGAUAUUUAACCACCAAAACGUUCAACCAAAUUAUAUAAUUUCGUCUAACGGAAGUCCAUCCAUCCAUCCAUCAAUUUUCUGAGCCGCUUAUCCACACAAGGGUCGCGGGAGUGCUGGAGCCUGUACCAGCUAUCAUCGGGCAGGAGGCGCAGGGUACACCCUGAACUGGUUGCCAGCCAAUCGCAGGGCACACAUACACAAACAAGCAUUCGUACUCACAUUCACACCUACGGGCAAUUUAGAGUCUUCAAUCAACCUACAAUGCAUGUUUUUGGGAUGUGGGAGGAAACCGGAGUGCCUGGACAAAACCCACACAGGCAAGGGGAGAACAUGCAAACUCCACACUGGCGGGGCCGGGGAUUGAACCCCGGUCCUCAGAACUGUGAGGCAGAUGCUCUAACCAGUCCUACACCGUGCCGCCUAACGAAAGUCAUAUAAUACAAAAUUCCAUAGACGGCGGGCUAAUGCAAAUUAGCAGAGAUGUUACAGUAAUUAUAACCCUUCAAACAACUGCUACUUUAACACACACAGAGCAGCAACACAUACAAACAGAGCCAUACAACAAUACUUUUAAGCCAGGAGUGUCAAACUCAUUUUUGUUGCCGGCCAUUAUGACUGUACACACAUAUAAAUGUAUGAUCGCAACAUAUUAUAAGAUAUACACAAAAAAAUUGAUGGUUAGUCACUUCUGAAAUCAGAAGCCAGUAAAAAGUUGUUUAUUCUACUAUUAUUGAGUUUACUUUGAAAAGGGAAUUGGUAACAAAAAAAUGCUUGCAAUAUCACAUCAGUAUUAAAAGUGAAGAGAAUUUCUGGUAUUUUAGCAAGAAACGAAGUCGACGCACAUGAUUUGUUUUUGCGGGCCACAAAAACUGAUUUAGCGGGCCGAAUCUGGCCCCCGGAGCCGCGAGUUUGACACCUGUGUGUAAGCAUCUCUUCUCUGUGGGAACAAAGAAUAUUACUGUAGUUGUUCUUGCUCUUAACGUCGCUGCAUCUCUUCCAUCAGAUCUCAGUGCUGCCUGGCGUGUUGCAGCACUUCACUAAAAGCCCGGCACUCUAAAUUCACACUUGACUGUAAAACGCCCCCCGCCCCCCCCCCCCCCCCCCCCCCCCAAACAAAAAACAAAAUCCACGAUGUAUAGCUAUAACGGGGAUGCAAAUGAAAUGAAUGAUAUAGUGGGGGGAAACACUGUAGACGCCAUCCACGCUAACGCGGCUAACUGCAGGCAUGGCUUCCAGUGAAGUGUGUGUUGUGCCGUACCGGGUGGCGGGGGCAGCGGACGCCCCCCUGUGACACCCCCCUCCCACCCCCACUUGCCCUCCAUCAUCAGGUGUGCAUACAUGUGUGCCAGGCUUGUAAGCUGUGUCGUGCUCAUUGUGGUCGUACUGCUGCAAAGUAGACACAGAGACCCCCGUGUGUGUGUCCCCCCCCCCCUCCCCAAAUCCUGUUUGAUGCACUCGGACGCCGACCUUGGACCGUGUGUGAUAGCCAUCUUGCCUCGAGAUGAGUGACAUUUCUCAGAACCUUAUUGCCUACCGAACAAGCACAUAUGACAUUUUGGAUUAUUAUUAUUAUUUUUGUCAUGAUUUUAAUUUCCCUUUCAGUCUGUUUCAGUUGCGCCCAAUCACAUGCAAGUGGUGUUACAGGGGAAACAAAACAAAACACUAGUUUGCCUGUGUUUGUUUGCAAGCUCACUUCCUUCAUGGUUAGACUGUAAUAGCCUGCAUGUGUGAGUGUGUGUGAGUGAGUGAGUGAGUGAGUGAGUGAGUGAAUGAACGAGUGAGACGCAUGUAGAUUAGGAUGAAAGGGAUUACAAGCCAUCCAUUUUGAAAAGACAACCAAACAAUUGUUCUUUAACAUUGUUUUAUUUGAUUUCAGUUGUCUUGCCAUGUAGUACUUUUUUAAAAAAUUAUAAUUUUUUCAAACGUUUUUUUUUUUAGUUCACAUGCCAAUUUGGACAUGGUACUAAAACACCCGGUCCAUGUCCGCAUUAACACAGUGAAGAGAAAUAGCUGCAAUGCUGCAAAAAAGACAAAACAUAUUUAUUGUUCUGUAGCUUGUGUUUUUUUGUGAAUGCACUAUCAUAUGGAGUUGCCUGUUUUUGUUUUGUUUGUUUUUUCAGUCUGUUUUGGUGGUGUGUGUGGGUUCUUCUUGUCUUAGGGAUUUGCGUCUCGGUUUGAUUCCAAAUAUUUUCAUGCUUCCCUGUGUGUUGUUUUUACCAAAAAGUGUUAGGGCCACGCUGGAAUUACAAAGUAAAAAAAAAAAAAAUAGUGAAAGUAAUGUGAAUUAAGAGGUGGAAAAAAGUCAUUGUAUGGAAAUAAAGUUGUGAUAAUAAAUAAUAAUAUGUCACGUUUUGAAAAAUAAAGUGGAAAAAGUAGUAAUAUUAUAUGAUAUUAAAACCAUACUGUAAGGUAACAGGAAAAAAAGUCCAAAUUAGGGCUUUAUUUUUUUUUAAUACAUUUUUUAUUUAACAGGUUCGGGUUUGCAGUUUUUGUAAUAAUUUCGCCAAUCGACAUUGGAGCAGCGUUGCCACCAGGCGAGAAGUUCAUUGCCACUUUGUGAAGCUUUAUGGCCGUCGCACUGCUCCAAUGCGUAGUACAAUUUAUACUAUUCAUGUAAGGAUCGGUUAUUGACAAACCACACAGCGGAAAACCUGCCGCUACUACCUCUGAUGAAAACACCGAACUUCUUGAGCAGGUGUUCGCGCAAAGCCAGGAGAAGUCUACCAAGAGGCAUGCGUUGAAACUCAACAUCAACAAAAGCUCGAUUCGGCUGAUUCUAGCUUUACCCGUACCGCCUUCAAGUUGUUCAAAGACUUAAAAGCAGAAGUUUAUGAUGCUCAAUGCAUCUGUAAAGGUAAAGCUUUAGCAAUCUUGAACCAUCCGCGGAUUCAAACUUUAGUUGAUGCUAAGUUCCAGUGCAGCUCUCCGGAUACUUUCACUGACUGUGCGCACACGCCUGCUCUAGCAGUUCGGGGUCAGUGAUGCUAGUUACAGACCUUCCGUUGUGUAUUUUGUGAAGAACGGAUCCUGUUUUGAGAAACUUGCCAUGAAUUGCAUGAAUUGUACUACGUGUUGGAGCAGUGCAACAGCCAUGAAACUUCACAAAUUGCAGAUGAAAUGCAGUCGGGGAUGGAAAAACCUCUUGGCGGGCGGCAAUUUUGCAACACUCCUCCAAUGUCAUUUGGCGAUCUAUGCGAUGAUAUGCUUAGAUAAACUGCAAAGCCUAAGCGGUCUAAUAUUAAUGGCGUCAACAUCGGUCAAAAAGAAACUGAAACAAAAUAAAAAAAAGAAAGUGUAUAGUGACUUUUGGGACACCCUGUAGUUUUUGUCUUGUAACAUGAAGUUCUUGUAAUAAUUAAAAAAAAACGUAAUUAAAAAAAAUAUUUUUAAUAUUUAAAUAUAAAUAUAAUAUUACGCCCCCCCCAGAAUACUGACUUUCUUCUCAUCAAAUUUGGCGUCGUCGUCGUUGUUUUUAUCGUCAGCGUGGUGCUAGCUCUGCUUGGUCAUUAUCGGAGAAUAACUUGAUUGUGUUUUUCUUUUCCUCUCAUGUGAGACCUCCAUCCCAAAAACUAAACAAAACAAAAACUACACACACAAAAAAAGUGCUGAAAUAACGGGAGGUUCUGCUAGUUCACAUAGAAUGCUGUGAUUUAAAGAUGCCUUAAGUAUUUAACAAUCAUUAUUUAUUACUAACUGUAGCUAGCUAGCUAUCGUGGUGGAAUAUUUAAUGUCUCAUAACUUUGCAAUUUAAUGGAUAUAUUUAUUUAAAAUAAGACAAAAAAAUAUGACAAAAAAAAGAAUACCUCAUUAUGCAUUGGGUUGGUGGGGAUGCUUCUGCAUGCCGUCUGUGAUUAUGAUUUUAUUAUUAUUUCUCUUCUCCCCCCACAAAAAAAAGGAAAGAAAUUAAACAUGGAACACUUUUGAAGCCAGCAUGGUGCUGUUGAUGUAGAUGAAAUUCCCUUUAGCCUCCCCGCUUUUGAUCGGAGACGCGUUUUGUCGUAGUAAUCGCUUUUUGCGCCAUACGAUGCUGCUUCGUAAUCAAUCGUUUUUUGACUCCGCAUUGCUGACAUUCAUAUCGGGAUCCAGAGGCCACGUGUUGCCCUUUGUAUUGCUGGCUGUUUUGCUUGGUGUAUUUGCAGGGGGGGUGGGGGGGUUGGGGAUUGUAUCUUACUUACUUAACAUGCUAACUUGAGCCAUUAUCAACAAAUAUAUAUUAAAAAAAAAAAAUACAAAAAAAUACACAAAUAUAAAUGGAGUGUGGAUAUAAUAAGCUAACUUUUCAGUGUGCUUUUCCUCUCAAUACUUCUAAUUCUUUUGGAGACUAAAAAAAAAGGGAAAACUAAGUAUUGGAAUUGAAUGAAGCUGGCUGGCUGGUCUUGACUAUUUAUUAUUAUUGUUGAUUUCUCUUUUUUUGUUUAGCAUUUCUGAACGACUAAUUGUGUGCUCUUAGGCCGCGCACCCGCCACAGUGUACCCCCCCCCCCCCCCCGUGUGUGUUGCUCCCAAGCCAAGUGGAGCGUAGCCAUAGUAUAAAAUGAAGUCCAGCCGAUGAAACAGUAGAACUUUGAAAGCACAAGCUUUUUCAAUGCAUGUCCUUCUCAGGUUUUCCUAUGUGUAUGUGGGAGUAGCUCUGUUUAGAUGUCUUUCAUAUGAUGCUGUAUACCUUCUUGAAUAUUACUUUCUUUGCUGCUGACAGUAAACAACAACGAGAAAACAACAAAAACAAUGUGGAUUAUGAUUAUUAUUAUUAACCUGCCAGUGAAAAAGGGAAGUGGCCAUCUUUGUACAACACACUGCUGUUUUGCUGUAACCGGGCAAUGUUUUAUGAUCUUGAGUAUUUUAUAGAGAAGUAGAAAUAUGUAUCAUCAAUAAUAUGAAAGCAAUAGCUAAAUCAUAAUGAAGAAUAACAUUGAUCAGUGAUGAAUAUUGUGGAGAAAAAAAAAAGAACCUUUAGAUUCACUCUGGGUGGAUUUUGUACUGUAUUUAUUACUAAUGACAAUGCAAAAGUUGCAUAGCUUAACCCAAACUGUUCUGUCUCUUUUUUAUUUAUUGUCUUGUAUAUGAUCUUUUUCUAUGUUUUUCAAAUAAAACACCUAAAAUGCUGACAAUAAAUGCACCUUUUCUGA